AUGCGGGAGGUCAACUUCAGUAUUCCGAACGUCAACAAGGCUUCGGUCAAUAUCACGACCACCCUCUAUGACCGCCGUGCCCUCGACUGCACAUCGACUCUCCCGCUGAUAAACUCGCUCAACCACCUCGCCUACCUCACCACCUCCUCCGCCCGUAUCCGCGAUAUCCUCACCGUCGAUGGCGGCAUCGAGAGGCUCGUCUGCAUCCUCAAGGAGGGCCGCAGCCGAGACCUGAUGGAGAUGUGGAAGUGGAGCCUCGCCUUCCAGUGCGUUGUCAACAUCGGAGUGCGGGGCUCGGAGAGCGUUCGAACGAGAGUCGUCGAGGCCGACAUGGUCCCCGUCAUUGCGACCAUUCUGGACAAUUACAUCAAAGUCGUCGACAAGGCGCGGGCACGGGCGGACACCGAAACGCAGCGGCACUCGUCAAGGCAUCACGCCAAAGCCGUGCCCGGCUCCAGCGAUGCCGCCACCAGUCGUCCGUCUUUCCUCGACCAGUCGUCGAACGCUGAACAGCGUGCCUCUCGCCGCCAGGCCCCUCCGCCCAACAUCGAAAUCCCCCCGUUCUUCCAAGAAAACCAAGCGACCGACUCCAAUGCCAUGGAUGUUACGUCUUCGCCUCGCAUGACCUCCCCGCCGGAAAGGAGUCGCCACGCACAGGAGGCCCCCAGCCAGAGGCCCAACGAGGCUCGUCAUACGCACUCGGGCCACCGUCAUCGGGCCAUCCAGCCCCUUGCCACCAUGGAUACUGCCGAUGGCUUCGGUCUGCGCCCGGUGCGUGACGCCGAAAGACUCCCCAGUAUGCUCCCUAGUCUACACAAUGGUCUCGCCUCGCAGCCCGAUUCUCCCACCACCCCGAGCGGCCCGGCGCAGCCUCGCAGCGCUGCCCAAGCCCACGCUGCCCGACAACGGCCCGCCCUGCGACAGCAGAUGUCGGCCUCGGGCGAAUCGGACGACGGAAACGGAGAAGGCUCUACCAUGGAGGAUGAUGCCGGGUCUGGCGAAACGACCGAGCCGAUCGUCGGUCUGCAGAAUCAGAUGGAGAUUGAUGAAGUUGGCGACCGACAGGGUAUGCUCGAAGGCGUUUCCAAUGCCCACGACCUGACGGUAACCGAUCCGUCGGAGGGAAACGAGGCCGAGACCUUCAACAUCACCCACCGGUCUACCGUCGAUGGCAGCAUCAUCAACAACGACACUACGCCGACGAACGGCGGGCUAGGCUUGUCUCCGACGCAAGCCGUCAACAACGCCAACUCUCCCACUCUUGUCCCUAGCCCCUACUCCCUUUACUGGCGCGACCGAUCGACCACCCAGAAUGUCGCCCAGAACGUGUUGACCACGAUGCCCCGCGAGGAGGAUGUCUUGAUGUCCCUUCAACUCCUGGCAUACGUGUCCAAGUACUGCAACCUUCGAUCCUACUUCGAGCACUCUCACCUCGUCCCUAAACUCAAAAUCGACCGUGACCUCCACAUCCUCGAGGACGGGGCCUCGCCGAUCGAGCCCGCCGAAGACGAGGACGAGUACCUUCUGCCGGACGACGUCAACAUCUUCCCCCUCGUCGAGAAGUUCACGGUGCGGCAUCACUCCAAGGACAUGCAGUCCUGGGCCUGCGUGGUGAUGCGCAACCUCUGCCGAAAGGACGAGUCUCGGGGUGGCAUCCGGCAAUGUGCGUACUACAAGUGCGGCAAGUGGGAAGAGUUCCAGCGUCAGUUCGCGAAAUGCCGCCGUUGUCGCCGCACCAAGUACUGCAGCAAAGAUUGCCAAAAGGCCGCGUGGGUGUACCACCGCCACUGGUGCCACACCACGCCAUGA